GUGAAAAGCUGUUUAACAAGAGACCCUGAGCAAGAAGGCAGCAGCUUUUCUACAGUCCUUUUGCUACUGAAAUCCCAACUAGCAGAAAGAUGGCAAGCUCUUUCACACGCCUGAUCUCCAAGCGCAAUACAGCUGUGCUGUUGGCCGGCUUGGGUGCAGGAACUGCUGGAUUCUUGUUGAGUGAAAACAGUUCUCUAGCUGCUGAGGCAAAGAAGAAGCUUUACCCUCCCAGCUCUGAUUACCCUGACCUGAGGAAACACAACAACUGCAUGGCCUCUGCUCUUACUCCAGCCAUUUAUGCCAAAUUGAGGGACAAAGUCACCCCCAACAACUGGACCCUUGACCAGUGCAUCCAAACGGGAGUCGACAACCCUGGACACCCUUUCAUCAAGACAGUGGGUUGCGUGGCUGGUGACGAGGAGAGCUAUGAGGUGUUUGCUGAGCUCUUUGACCCUGUCAUCAAAGACAGACAUAAUGGCUAUGACCCCAGAGUCAUGAAACAUCCUACUGACCUGGAUGCCUCCAAGAUAACCCACGGCAUGUUUGAUGAGAAUUAUGUUCUGUCAUCCCGGGUGCGUACUGGCCGUAGUAUCCGCGGGCUUAGCCUCCCCCCAGCCUGUUCGAGGGCUGAACGCCGUGAGGUGGAGCGGGUGGCAGUGACAGCCCUAGCUGGCCUUAAAGGAGACCUGGCUGGACGCUACUACAGCCUAGGAGACAUGACGGACAAGGAGCAGCAGCAACUUAUUGAUGAUCACUUCUUAUUUGACAAGCCGGUCUCUCCACUGUUGACAUGUGCCUUUAUGGCCAGAGACUGGCCAGAUGCCAGGGGGAUCUGGCACAACAAUGAUAAGACCUUCUUGAUCUGGGUGAAUGAGGAGGACCACACCAGAGUUAUCUCCAUGGAGAAGGGCGGCAACAUGAAGAGAGUGUUUGAGAGAUUCUGCAAUGGACUCAAACAGGUGGAGCACCUGAUCCAGGAGAGAGGGUGGGAAUUCAUGUGGAAUGAACGUCUGGGAUACAUCCUCACGUGUCCGUCCAACCUGGGCACCGGCCUCAGGGCGGGUGUCCAUGUACGCCUGCCAAAACUAAGCAAGGAUCCACGUUUCAGCAAAAUCCUUGACAACCUGCGGCUGCAGAAACGCGGCACAGGGGGAGUCGACACGGCCGCUACUGGUGAUACCUUUGACAUUUCCAACCUUGACCGUCUGGGCAAAUCUGAGGUGGAGCUGGUCCAGUUGGUGGUUGACGGCGUCAACUACCUGAUUGAGUGUGAGAAACGCCUGGAAAAAGGCCAGGAUAUCAAAAUCCCAUCUCCCAUUGUUCAGUUUAGGAAAUGAAAACUGAACUCCUCAGUUUCCUAAAGAGGUCAGUGAUCUGAUCAGUCCUCCCUCUCAAACUGAGCCUGCUAGAGAACCUGAGAGCGACUCCCAUCAGCAAGGAGAAAGCAUUCUCUUUAAGUUUCCAAGACAGAAUGCAUUUCUUUAAGAUAAAUCAUCUUAGGCAUGUUCUUUAGAGGAAAACUCUACCUCAAGAAAAUUGUAACCCCAAGUUCAAUGAAUAAACACUAUACAACAUUU